CAAAAUUAAAAAUGGAAAAUUUUUGUUCUGAAUUUUGUGCUUAUUUACGUCAGUACAUCGAUGUAGAUCAAACAUUAUCGAAAAACAUUAGCAACAAAUUAAAAAUAAUUAUGUCAAGAGAGAUUGCAUUAAAAUACACGGCAAUUAAAGAGAUAAACGGGAAAAAAGUUUUCAAAAGAACUCGUCUGUAUCAGUAUAUUGAAGACAUAUAUAUCGGAUUAAAUAUAAAGGGAGAAUAUAUUAAAGAAUCCCACAUUUUGAAGACAAUCAGCAAUACUUUGUCGAAUGCAAAAGACUGGGAGGGACACCGAAAGGAUCGAAUUAAAAACCAAACUCUAAACGCCUAAUAACUGUCUUUUCAAGUUGUUAAUUUUUUAAAAUUAUUCUUAAAUUAUUCCUUAAUUGUAUUUCUCA